AUGCGCAAUCCGUCAGCUUCGGCCCUUCUCUGCGGCCGCUGCUCGACCAAUUCGCCCUUCCUCUCCUUCGCGGCGAAGCCGACGACGACGACCUCUUACCGCCGCCUCGCGAGCUCCCUCACUUCCGAACGAAGCCACGAUGCCAGCUCGACGGCCGUCUUCAACCCCAAGCUCAACCCCAUCGCCACCUCCCGCCCGGCGCCUCUCGAGCUCCCCGAACGCCAGCCCGACCAGAGCAAGGUCUCCCACCUGUUCGCGCAGGCCAAGACGUACAUCAACUUCUACAAGGGCGGCCUCCGCGCCGUCUUCGCGAACAGGCGGCACAUCCAAGACGUCAUCGCCUCCAAGAAGCAGUCCGUCCCGGGCUUUCGCGAGCCCUCCGUCUUCUCACCGGGGUUGGUCCCUAAGGGCUUCAGCCGCGCGGACUGGGUGCUCCUCUGGCGCGUGCGCCACGACAUCCUCCGCGUCCCGCUCUUCGGCGUGGUGCUGCUGAUCUGUGGGGAAUUCACCCCGCUCAUCGUCAUCUUCGUCGACGGCGUGGUGCCCUACACCUGCCGUCUGCCGCGGCAGCUGGCCGCGAGCUUCGCGCAGGCCGAGGAGAGGCGGCACAAGUCGUUUGAGGACUUUGAGCGGGCCGCGCCCGAGGGCGUCGUGAAGGGCAACGCCAAGGGCGCGGCGCAAAAGCACGUGCUGCGCAGCCUGCACCUGCCCGGCAUGAUGUGGGACAAGAUCGGGUUCAUCCCGCCGGGCAUGUGGGCGUCCAAGGGACGUCUGAGGAUGGCGUUCCUGGAGGGCGACGACAGGCUGCUGCUGCGCGAUGGCGGCGUUGCCGGGCUCGAGGAGCAGGAGGUCCGCAUUGCGUGCACGGAGCGUGGUAUCGACUGCGCCGGCCGCAGUGACAAGGACUUGAGGAAGUUGCUGGAUCAGUGGCUUCGUCUCGUUGAUGCGGAGGAGACCGUCGAAAAGAGGAAGCGUAUGACGGUCCUGUUGACCACUAAGACUGAGAAGUGGCCCAAGAACAGAAACUUUGCUCUCCCUGAGUGGCACCUCUGA